AUUAAUCAAGUAAUAAAUACUAUAUUCCUAAUAUCUAUUAUCAUUCUUAUUAUCCCCUUAAUCCAUAAUAUUCUAUUUCCACACAAAACCAACAACUUCCCAUCACUUUGCACAAACACAGUCAAACUAGCUUUUUUUACCAGCCUUCUUCCACUAUUCCUCUUCAUAUAUUUAGGCCAAGAAGCUACAAUUACUAACUGACAAUGAUUUCCUAUAAGUACUUUCAACCUUUCAAUAAGCUUCAAACUUGAUUAUUUCUCUAUUAUUUUUAUUCCUAUUGCCUUCUAUGUUACAUGAUCUAUCCUAGAAUUCUCAACAUGAUAUAUGCAUUCAGAUCCUAACAUACACCGAUUCUUUAAAUAUCUAAUCAUUUUUCUCCUAACUAUAAUUAUCCUUGUCUCUGCAAAUAAUCUUUUCCAACUUUUCAUUGGAUGAGAAGGAGUAGGAAUCAUAUCUUUUAUGCUUAUCGGCUGAUGAUAUGGACGAACCGAUGCAAACACCGCUGCUCUCCAAGCCAUCCUUUAUAAUCGAAUUGGAGAUAUUGGUUUUAUACUAGCAAUAGCAUGACUAAUAAUUAAUAGCAACUCCUGAGACAUUCAACAUAUUUUCCUAACAAAUGUAGACACUAUAGCAUUGCUAGGACUUAUUAUUGCCGCAACUGGAAAAUCAGCCCAAUUUGGACUACACCCCUGACUCCCAUCUGCCAUAGAAGGACCUACUCCCGUCUCAGCACUACUUCAUUCCAGUACCAUAGUUGUUGCAGGCAUCUUCCUCCUAAUCCGAUUUAAUCCCCUUAUAGAAAAUAAUCAUAUAGCCCUCACUACUAUAUUAUGUUUAGGAAGUAUAACCACCCUAUUUACCGCUAUUUGUGCUAUCACCCAAAAUGACAUUAAAAAAAUUGUAGCCUUCUCCACAUCUAGUCAACUAGGCCUAAUAAUAGUUACACUAGGCCUAAAUCAGCCUCACUUAGCAUUCUUACAUAUCUGCACACACGCAUUCUUCAAAGCAAUGCUUUUUCUAUGUUCAGGCUCUAUUAUUCACAGCCUCAAUGAUGAACAAGAUAUUCGAAAAAUAGGAGGACUAUACAUACUCCUCCCAAUUACCUCUUCAGCUAUCAUACUGGGCAGCCUUGCCCUCACCGGUACUCCAUUCCUUGCUGGAUUUUACUCAAAAGAUUCAAUCAUCGAAGCCAUAAAUACAUCCUAUGUGAAUUCCUGAGCAUUAAGCUUAACCAUAGUAGCUACAAUACUCACCGCCGUCUACAGCAUACGAGUCAUUCACUUUGCCCUUCUAAAAGAACCUCGAUUUCUUCCUAUCUCACCAUUAAACGAAAACAACCCUAACCUGAUUAAUCCAAUUAUACGAUUAGCAAUAGGAAGCAUUCUCGCAGGUUUCCUACUAACAAUAAAUAUUCCACCUACAUCUAUAGUACCUAUAACUAUGCCAACCUUAACAAAACUAUCAGCUCUCCUAAUCACAGCAAUUGGAAUUUUAUUAGCAAUAGAGCUCAAUACUUUAACAAACAAAAUACCAACAAAACCUCUUAUACAUUCACACAACUUCUCAAAUAUAUUAGGAUACUUCACACACAUUUUCCAUCGACUUAACCCCCUAACAAGUCUCCACAUAGGCCAACACAUUGCUACCAUACUAAUUGAUAUAAGCUGAUACGAAAAAACAGGGCCUAAAAAUCAAGCUGAUCUUCACAGCACCGCAGCAUCAACCAUUACUUCCACCCAAAAAGGGCUUAUUAAAUCUUAUUUCAUAUCAUUUAUAAUCUCUAUGACAAUUAUCCUACUUAUCAUAAAUUAA